AUUGUGAAUAAGUAUAACUUCAAUCCUAAGUCCAACCAAAUCAAAUCAAAACAAAGAUUGAAGAUAAUAAAGAAAGCAAGAAAGGCUGGCUCUAGCGAUAUAUAAAGGGGAGCCUUUGUCUUUUGCAAUGGUUGUACCAACAACAAUGACAAUAAAUGGGGGAAUGUGGAAGAUGAGAAGUAUUUCACAAGCUUAUUUAGAGAGCAGAGCAGUGAAGGAGACAAGAUGUUUGAUAUCAGAGCUUUGCCGAUAGUUCUAUAACCUUGGAUGGGUAUCAAGAACAGGUGGCAGUAUCACCAUGAAAGUCCAUGGUAGUUGUAUCCCUAAGCCUCAGCAACUCAUCCCCAUGUCCCCUUUUGGUGUUCAAAAGGAGAGAAUGCAACCAGAUGACAUCUAUGUAUUAUCAGGAGAUGGGUCUAUCAUAUCUUCGCCAAAGCCAAAGCCAUACCCUCAUAAGCCUCCCAAGUGCUCCGGUUGUGCUCCUCUUUUCAUGAAGAUUGAAGUGUAUCCUAAGACAACUGCUGUGCUUGUUCGCCAUCAUGGCAUAUACGUAUGGGGUGACUCAUGGAUCAGUGCUAAAACUCAGGCUGAAUGUUAUCAUUACCUCUUUGAUGCUGCUAUCAAGCUCCAUCAUCUAGGCUUAGACUGGUCUACUCCAGAUCAUGGCCCCAUUCAGAAUGUUAAAGGAUUUUCAAGCAUCAAUAGCAUGAUAAAAAGGGUGGCUACGAAGGCUGGGACGGUGGAUUCGAAUUUUAAACUCCAGCCAUAUCCACGCUGCGUUGUGCUUGACAUCGAAGGAACUACAACUCCUAUUUCAUUUCUAACAGAUGUUCACUUUCCCUAUGCCCGAGACAAUGUUGGGAGGCAUUUGUCCGCAACUUACAAUAGUGCUGAAACUCAAGAUGAUAUUAAGUUGUUACGUUCUCAAGUUGAAGAUGACUUGAAGCAAGGUGUUCUUGGCGCUGUACCUAUCCCCUCGGAAGAUGCAGGAAAAGAGGAGGUGAUUGCUUCUUUGGUGGCUAAUGUCGAAGCAAUGAUAAAAGCUGAUCGAAAAAUUACUGCCUUAAAGCAAUUGCAAGGUCAUAUAUGGCGUACUGGAUUUGAGAAUAACGAGCUUGAAGGAGUAGUUUUUGAUGAUGUACCAGAAGCUCUCGAAAAGUGGCAUGCACUGGGUAUAAAGGUAUACAUAUAUUCUAGUGGUAGCAGAUUGGCUCAGAGGCUUAUAUUCGGAAAUACAAACUACGGUGAUUUGAGGAAGUAUUUAUCUGUUUUCGACACCGCAGUAGGAUAUAAAAGAGAAACACGAAGUUAUGUCGAAAUCACUGAGUCAUUGGGAGUUGAUAAGCCAUCCGAUAUACUAUUUGUGACCGAUGUCUAUCAAGAAGCCACGGCUGCAAAAGCUGCAGGUUUGGAGGUUGUAAUCUCCAUCAGAUCGGGAAACGGUCCUCUUCCGGAGAACCAUGGAUUCAAGACUAUCAACUCUUUCCUGGAGAUCUGAUAGAAGUUUGGCAUUUCUGUAAUAAUAUCGGCCUUCCAUGCACUUGUAAUAAGUAACUUUUGGAUGCAAUAAAUCAUGAUUUUGUAGCAACCCUGUAUUGAUCGUCACCUGUGAAUGUUGGAUACAAAGUCUUUUUUUACAUGUUUGGAUCGGUUAAAUUCA